UCUAGUUCCUAAAAUGCUGGAAAAAAUCACUCUUCGCGACGCUGCGGCCCCUUCAGAGUUUCUAUUGCCACCUGCUAUUUCUGAAAAUAGUUUUUUCCCUCAGUGGUUUUAACCAUCCAAUCAGCGUCCAGAGCCCGCCCCGUUGCCUAGCGUUGGGAGCAAGCGGGAAGUAUGGCGGCGGCACCAGCGGCGGCGGCGACAACGGAGGCGGCUAAGCCAGCCAUGGGCGUCAGGGAAGGUUCAUUAAUUAAUUGGUCAGGCCAGGGUUUACAGAAAUUGGGUUCAACUUUGGCCUGUGAUGCAGAUACACAUACUUUGAUUUUGGAUAAAAACCAGCUAAUUAAAUUGGAGCACUUGGAGAACUGCAAGAACCUGAUGCAGUUGUCAGUAGCCAGCAAUCGGUUGGUGCGGAUGAUGGGUGUAGCAAAGCUGACUCAGCUUCGAGUAUUAAACUUGCCUCACAACAGUAUUGGCUGUGUAGAGGGACUGAAGGAUCUGGUGCAUUUGGAAUGGCUGAACCUGGCAGGAAAUAACUUGAAGACUAUAGAUCAGAUCAAUACCUGCACAUCUCUUCAACAUCUUGAUUUGUCGGACAACAAUAUAUCCCAGAUAGGAGAUAUCUCCAAACUAUUAUUGUUAAAGACUCUGUUACUGCAUGGAAAUAUCAUAACAUCCUUGCGUACAGCACCUGCUUGCUUGCCUCAAAGUCUGGGUAUUCUUUCAUUGGCAGAAAAUGAAAUCAGAGACUUGAAUGAGAUUUCGUUCUUGGCUUCCUUUACUGAGCUAGAGCAACUGUCAAUAAUGAACAAUCCCUGUGUGAUGGCCACACCUUCCAUCCCAGGAUUUGAUUAUAGGCCAUAUAUUGUCAGUUGGUGUCUCAAUCUUAAAGUCCUUGAUGGCUAUGUGAUAUCUCAAAAAGAAAGCUUGAAAGCAGAAUGGCUUUACAGUCAAGGAAAGGGAAGAUCGUUUCGGCCAGGCCAGCACAUUCAGUUAGUUCAGUAUCUUGCCAGUGUUUGUCCUCUUACUAGUAUGUUUGGGCUCCAAACUGCAGAGGAUGCUAAACUGGAAAAAAUACUACAUAAGCAAAGGUUGCACCAGAGGCAACUGAUGUACCAAAGCCAAGCUGAUGAGCCACCUGUAUCUUCAACUUUGCAUAAAGGGCAGCCUGCUACCAGUGAGCCAAAUAGCCCUGUUCACAGGCCACAAAUAAUGACUGAAAGUGAACCUGUUACCAAAAAAAAUACAUGGGUUGCAACAAAAUCAAAUGAUGAUCAUUCCUAUGCAGUUAAAACUGUUUUCCCCUCAUCACUGCAAACUGAAAUAAGUAUUUCUAGAGAUCUCUACCUGGAUGACAUACAAACUGACGAGGAGAAGUUGAACAGUAGUCUUCUAUCCUCAGAGUCUACUUUUAUGCCUGUUGCAUCCGGCCUCUCCCCAGUGUCACCUACUACUGCGGAACUGAGACUUCACAGAAUGAAUAUUGAGACAGAAGGUAUGGAAGAUGCUGACUUUGAAUUUAUAAAAGAGGUUAAUAAACAAGGAACGCAGGAAACGACUUCUGUGAUUCUUGGGGAAUGUGCCAUCAAAUCAGCAGAGGCUGUGGAAACUCAAAAGGAAGAUCAAGAGGAAGGAAUAUUGUCUACUUCUAGUUUGCCAGUAGCCACCGCUACUUUUUCUGCUAGCAUUAGCAGUUGUCAAGUAUCCUCUGAAGACCAUGUUGAGCAUAGUGACCUUAAGCGAUCACAUACUCCGGAAGAGGGUGUUAUCAAAACUCUUUUCCCUGCCAAAUAUCCAGAAGAAUUGCCUGCUAGCGCAACUGCUACUUUAUUCCAAAAGUCAGAUAUGCUUGAAGAAAUGAACAGAGCAGCCACCAAGAUUCAAGCUUGUUGGAGAGGAUUUUACACGAGGAACUACCACCCCAGAGCCAAGGAAGUGCGUUAUGAAAUUCGACUUGGUAGAAUGCAGGAACACAUUAUACAUUUAACUGAAGAAGUAGACAAAUUAAGAAAGGAAAAAGAUGAGGAGAAACUUCAAAGACUUGUGCAAGAGGAAGCUGUAAAAUUCCUUUGGGACCAGGUUAGAUGCAUCCAGGAGUGGCAACUUUCAGUAAACUCACAUCUCACUACUUUCCAGCAGCAUAAUACUCCUACAUCAAGCAUUUUGGGUCCCUUCAAGGUCCAUAUAGACUCGCCUGGACUAAAUCAAGUACCUUCUCCUGUCAGCAGUUCAACCUGGUUUGUUUCAGCUACUGAGGCUUGUCAUCAGAAAUGCUUGCCAGAAUUUCCUGACUCGGGGUUCCAUUCCUGUGUGACUGACCAGAACUGCCUUCAUGAAUCUCAGUGCUGUGGAGAAAAUGUGGCAGAAGUAAAUGGUGACAGCUCUCUAGAGAAUUCUUUGAAAACGGUCAAACCAUGUGAAGAUUCUCUUUCCGAGUGCCCUUCAGCGGCUGAGGAGAUCGAACUGGACCACGAGAAAUGUUGUAAAGAGACUUUCAACAGUGAGCAAGACAGCAGUAGCCUUAUCCAGCAGUAUUUAAAAUCAGUUGAGCAGCUAGAUAAUGAUGACAAGACAAGUUGCAGCAAUGGAACAGGCAGCUGUAGGCCGAAUACAGCUGUCUCAUCAGAAGACCCGGAGGUGUUAUGCAAUGAUACAUCAGGCUCCCAAGAGGUGCUUGCAUCAGGACAAGGUGGAAUUGAUCAGCCAGAAAUCUGCAAUUUGAAUGCAGAAAGGGCAGAAGGAAAACAGACAGACUGUGACUCUUCUUUCCAGGCAUUUCCUGUUAGCAUAACAGUGUAGCAGGUAUUCCGUUAGAAAAGCCACAUUAAUAUGUUUUUGUUAUUGUUGUUUUCUAUGAGAUUUUUAUACAUUUUUGGAGACUUGUGCUCCUGCGCGUUAAAGCAUCUUAGAUUGUGAAUAGUUUUGCUAAUAAUCUAACCUCUGAUUGACACUGUGUUAAUCUGUAACAAGUAUGUUACACUACAAUGGACAUGAUGCACUUAAUUUUUUAUGUGAUCUGAACAGGUUUUUAUGAAAUAUAAUUUUGAAGACUCUUAACUACUUUUCUUAUUACCUUACUACAUGAACUAAGCAGUUCUCUUUUCCCAAAAUACUAAGCAUACAUGUGUGUUAUUAUCUUCAUUUUAAUAAACCAAUGGGAGUAAUUGAAAUACUGUAGUUAAAUUGAGUACUUAUAAUUUGAUGGAUAUACAAGGUCAAGACAUUCAGAGUCAAUAAUUUUUAAGUAUUUUGACCAACAGUUUGAAAAUGUAUGCUUAAACUCAGGUACUAAGCCAUAGCUGGAAUAUUUUAUUCACCAGCCUUUUUUCAUUUGCAAGUCAUCUUUUUUAAAAAGAAAAAAGAUUAAAUAGUUGAAUAUCAGUUUAGAAACAUGGCUGCUUGAGUUCCAUUUAUCACAGAGUCCUUUACCAUAGGGGUCUUUUAUUUAAGAGGAUUUACCAUGAUGUAAUUCUAGUCACACUUCUCUGAAGUCUCUCAGCCCCACCCACCUCACAGGGUGUUUGUUGUGGGGGAGGAAGGGAAAGGAGAUUGUUAGCUGCUUUGAGACUCCUUCGGGUAGUGAUAAAGCGGGAUAUCAAAUCCAAACUCUCUUCCUCCUCCUCCUCCUCCUCCUCCUCCUCUUCUUCUCCUUCUUCUUCUUCUUCUUCUUCUUCUUCUUCUUCUUCUUCUUCUUCUUCUUCUUCUUCUUCUUCUUCUUCUUCUUCUUCUUCUUCUGGAUUUUAGCCUGGGGGGAAGUUUCUGUAUGAUACCACAGAGCUUACUAGGAGCUUUCAAGUGCUAUAGCAUUCUUGGAAAAGAAGUUGCGAUUGUUCCUCUUUCACCAGUGCAAAUUCUGGGGGGGGGGGUUCUUAAAUAAAGGUGGCUAAGACAUUCUUUUUAACAUGUGAGGGUUAUAUGACCAUAGUUAUUACCUGUUUAUAGGAUACUACUUCAGCUAUUUUAGCACAAACAUGUCUUGGUGCUGCAACACCUGGAGUUUAGGGUGUAGUUUGCCGCUUUAUUAGGAGAUGUAUUGGUUCAAAUCAUUAUCUGCACCCUAGCUGGGACCUAAAACAUUGGUGGUUGGAACGUAAGAAACCAGUGGUUGGAAUUGUUCACUGCUGAAGGGGAAUUGGCUUCAUGGAUCUAGGAUUUCCCUGCAUUAAUGGAGACUUGGAAGCUCUCCCUUUUCCACUUCCAACUGUCAAGAGAUUGACAGCUCUUCUCCCCACACAGAGCUUACUGGUUUCUACAGGUGUAAACUCCUUGACAGGUUUUCAAAAUAAUAAUGAAUAGUUACUGCCACGAGUGGUAAAUAGGUAUUUUUAUUCAUAAGACUUGGAAGAAUUCAGAUGAGAUAGUGAUUUCUACCACCACUACCCAUGCAAUAUUGUUUAAUUCCUAAACAAAGAUUGUGCAUAGUGGUGGGGAACCUCUGGUCUGUGAGCCUAAGAAGGCCUGGUAUGGCCCCCUAAUUUGGCCUAUGAGGCUGUUCCCCUCCCACAAAACCACACCUACCUGAUCCACAUCUGAGAACAUUCCCAAUUGUUCCUUGGUAAGUAGACAGUGCUAAUCAGGUGAUGGGUGCCAACAGAUAGUCCCACUUCAUCUGUUUGCAGGCGUGGUUUGGAUUCAAAUUGAUAAUUUAGAUGUUGUCACCUGAUGUCAUCAUGACUGGUGACUGACUGGUGCACAGCUGUGCUGACCUGUCAGCAUGCCACUGCUGUUACAGACUGUCUGAAAAAUGAUGUAUCAACUUCAAAAAUGGAGGAAUUAUUCCCCCCCAUAGGAAUUUAUAUUGUCUGUUUUGAUGAUAGGUCAUUAGGUUAAAUUAAUUCCUGUAGGCACAGGACCAAUGCAUCACUUAAGAAGGGCUGCAGGCAAGUAGUUAAUUGGCUAAAUCAAGCAUCCCCAAACUUCGGCCCUCCAGAUGUUUUGGACUACCGUACAAUUCCCAUCUUCCCCGUCCAAUGGUCCUGUUAGCUAGGGAUCAUGGGAGUUGCAGGCCAAUACAUCUGGAGGGCUGCAGUUUGGGGAUGCCUGGGCUAAAUGCCUGUUCUGUGCAAGAGAGAGAGAGAGAGAGAGAGAGAGAGAGAGAGAGAGAGAGAGAGAGAGGUCUAAAAACACUAGGCACAAUUCAGAUAAGUUAUGUAUUUUAGGUCCCCUUAGUUUUAAUGGGAGAAUUUUAAGCAUGCACUUGAACUUUGCCCUUUGAAAUCAGUUAGCUUAGUUUUGAACACUUUUAAACUGUACAACUAUCUUUGUGAAUUAUAAUACCAUAUCUGCAUAUUAUAAUGAAUAAAGGAAUAAAGCACAUCUGCCUUCCAGCUGGCUUAAUGAAAUCUGUCUUCCAUUAGCACUUUAGACUCAGCACUUUAGAAGCUUUGGAGUGUUGCAACCUUGGCCCAGUUAAGUAAAAAUUCUCACAGAACGUUGCAGUAUACCUAGGAUUUGUAAACUAUUUUCUGCUAUGUCCAAAAAAUUUCCAUGAGAUGUGCUGGAAUGACCCCCGUCUCUCUCAAAAGAGAAUGUUAAAUUAACAAAGCAUGUAUCUGAAAAGCAAAGGUGAAAUCAAAUGCCACUUGAGCAGACUUCGCAUGUAAAAUGCAGCUUUCUCUUCCCCUAUGCCCACCUGAUCUGUCCCAGAGGACAUCCAAACCUCUGGAGCGGGGGGGGGGGCAUACAGGGGACUGCAGGAGGGGGGAGAGAAAAGUAAGCCCCACCUCAUAAAGGGUUGAAGUCCAUUCUGUUUGCAUGUGGACAGCACUGGUUGCUGCCCAAAGCUAUUUUGAUCACUUACUAAAGUCGGGCCUGUGUCAUGACAUUUUUUGACAAGUGCCUCACUGGCUGCCCAGUAUCACUGGAGUGCUUUCAUGCUACAAUGGAGUAUUGUCUGGAUGCAAUCUAACUGUCUCAUUGACAGUGAAAUGGGUUGGCCGUGUCCAGCUUGAAACAUGAGAACUGUUUCUCUGCUUGUAAUCUGGUGAAAUGCCUGACCAGACUUGGUUGCGACAGACUGUUAAAAAGCAACCUGAGGAAGACAAUACCUUUUGUAGGUGCAAAAUGUAAGGUACAUUUUGUAAGAGAGCUGAUGCCACAGAAAAUCUCAUUUUCAGAGAAUCCUCAGAAUUUUGAUAAGAGUUUAUCUAUGGCAGUGGAAUUUGAAAAUCAUAUCCACAAACACUUUUCAGUUAACUGAACAUUUAAUUUUGCUUGUAUGUUGAUGUCGACAUGUAACGAUGAAAAUGCUUUUAGCAUGUAAAGACAUUCACAGUAUAUACCAGUGUGUAAACUUUCUGAGCUUUGUCAUACUGAACAGUUUAUACCAGUAUGUUUUGCUUGCAUAGAGCAUAAAGCUAAUUACGAGCAUUUGGGGCAGGAGGACUAGUCUCUGCAGGGUUGUGUGUCAUUUGGACUGUAUAUAUAUAUAUAUACUGUAUAUGCAGAAAAAGUGUGGCAUUAUGUAGACUAAACAGGAUCACAAAACUUCUCGUUUUUUGUCAUGGGGAGGGAAGGAAGAGUAAGUGUUAAAAGUGCUCAAAUUUACAUAACAAUCUGGUUCCUUUUCUAUCACUGCAUCCUUAAAAGAUGUGUUACAUUUAUAUGAUCAGCUGUCAAAUAUGUAAAAGCCUGAGUUAAACUUUA